UAUCUCUUGAAAGCACAGCAUCAGCAUCAAUUCAAUCUCUAAUCCAGAUCCCCAAGCCACUACCGCAAUUAUGCUCUGCGUGCUGCUCGUUCUGCUGAGGAUGCAGAGACCUGCACUUCUUCCGUCGAGCCUAACGUCUUCGGAUUCGUCUCUGACGGUACCACUCUUGAGAUCACUGCGGAUAGCGUCGAUUCCUUGCUUGGCUCGUGGCCAACGGUGCGGUCAUUUCCCUUGUGAACGAGGGUGUGAUGACUGUCGCUUCUGCCAUCUAGAAAAUGAAUCACCGGUCCUAAGAAGGCUUCGGACUGUGCUUCCUUCCUUGGGAACAGCGCAUGGGGAGACGUCCUCUGUUCGACAGUGCUUCUAUCGGUUAAAAUUUCUAACCUGUCUCCAUCUCCAAACAAUUUGAUGAGCGCCUGUGUAGGGCUUCCAUACUUUCGCUUAGAUACAAGCCACCUCUGGCUCCUAUUCAUAGCAAUUUAACCCCUUUUUGGCCAGUAACUUUCUCGCUUUGUGCUUACAUGCAUCAUUGGACCCUCCUAGCCAUUUUCGUCGCAGAAAGACUAUGUAUACCCAGCGUCCAAGCUGCGAUAGUAACUAA